AUGGCUAAAGAACUAGCUCAAACUCGUGACGCUUCCCAAGUCUUUGGUGUUGCUAGAAUCUACGCUUCUUUCAACGACACCUUCGUGCAUGUCACCGACUUGUCUGGCAGAGAAACUAUUGCCAGAGUUACCGGUGGUAUGAAGGUCAAGGCCGACAGAGACGAGUCCUCUCCAUACGCUGCCAUGUUGGCUGCUCAGGACGUCGCUGCCAAGUGUAAGGAGGUCGGCAUCACUGCUGUGCACGUCAAGAUCAGAGCUACCGGUGGUACCAAGACCAAGACCCCAGGUCCAGGUGGUCAGGCUGCUUUGAGAGCUUUGGCCAGAUCCGGCUUGAGAAUCGGCCGUAUCGAGGACGUCACUCCUAUCCCAUCCGACUCUACCAGAAAGAAGGGUGGUAGAAGAGGUAGAAGAUUAUGA